AUGUCAAAACUUCGAAUUCUCAUCUCAGGCGGUGGCAUCGCUGGCCCAUCUGCCGCUUUCUGGCUCUCCCGUCUCGGCCAUUCCUGCACCAUUAUAGAAAGAUUCCCCUCACUACGCACUGGAGGUCAACAGAUUGACAUUCGCGGCCAAGGCAUCGAAGCUGCGAAGCGCAUGGGAAUUCUUGAAGAAAUCCGAAAUAAAGCGGUUGAUGAAGAUGGCCUGCAAUGGGUUGAUUCGCAAGGGAAGCAGAAAGCUCUACUGGAAAGAAAUGAUUCGGGGAAAGGGAGACAGUCAUUCACAAGUGAGUUCGAAGUCAUGAGAGGAGAUUUGUGCAAGAUCAUAUACGAGGCGACGAGACAAAGAGCCCAAUAUCGCUUCGGAACAUCGAUUGAGAGCUUUGAGAAUGUCGGCGAUAAGGUUAAAGUCAGAUUUUCGGAUGGAGCUGAUGAGAGCUACGAUCUUGUCAUUGCCGCAGACGGUCAAGGCUCGAGAGUCCGACGAAAGUUGUUCGCUGAUGAUCCUGAAGCUGUUCAUGUGCGCGACCUCAAUCUGAAUGGAUGUUACUAUAAUUUGCCACGGGAAGCAGGAGAUAAAAAUCUUGCCACUGUAUACAGCGCUCCAGGCCGCCGCGUGAUCUCAACGCGUUGGCAUUCGAAUGAUAGAGGUCAAGCAUACCUUAUGACAAUGUCCCACGUGGAAGAGCUGAAAGAAGUCAUGAGUCAGGACGUCAAUGCUCAGAAGAAGCUUUUUGCAGAGAUCUUUAAGGAUGCAGGAUGGCAGGCUCCGAGACUCAUCAAGGCUAUGCAUGAGACCGAAGACUUUUACGCGCAGUCUGUCGUGCAGAUCAAGACCAAGACGUGGUCUAAAGGAAGAGUUGUUCUGCUGGGCGACGCAGGAUACGCUCCAUCUCCACUGACGGGUGUGGGAACUACACUCGCCUUGAUAGGAGCCUGCGUUCUCAGCGGAGAAAUUGCGAGACAUGGCCAUGAUAUUUCCAGAGCUCUUAUGGCGUAUGAAGAUACUCUAAGACCAUACGUUGAGAAGUCUCAAAAACUGCCGUCGUUCAUCCCUGGUAUUGCAUAUCCAAAGACGAACUUUGGGAUCAAGUUACAGUACUCGAUUAUUGGGCUUAUCACCAAGCUUAAGAUUGAUAAGGCGAUCCUUGCCCUACUGCCGGAGGAUAGAGGGACUUGGAGAAUACCUGCUUAUGAAGAACUGAGGGCUUUAAAGGGAUGAGCUAUGAGUUGUGAUCUGAUCGCACAAAGCUAUCAGGAAUGCCAACUAAAGGACUCUCAGCUGAAGGCUAGCUUAAGGCAAUUUUAG